AUGAGCAGUGUCGAGGCCGAAGCACGACGUAUCGGUAUGUGGCCAGCUCGGCAGAAUGUAGAAGAAGCUGUGAAGACGUUCUCCGCGUGUGUAAGCGUCCGUGCUGUACCUCAUCUUACAGCGAAGAACCGCAAACGACGUCAAGGUCAGCUCAGCUGGAAAACGGUGGUGGCCUUGAUGCGCAGACACCAGAAGUAG